AUGGCUAAGCCGACAGUGUUUAUGCGACAAUGCAUGAUUUCCCGACCUCGUCGUGUAUCCACUUCAUCAUCAGGAAGGACGUCGACAUCACCCCAGCGGCACAAUGCCGUGGCACCUGCAGUUGCAAAAACAUAUAAACGCUUCGCGGACAUCCCUGGACCAAUCGCUCUUCCGAUGAUGAAGCAUCAUGAGCACGUAUUACCAAGAAUAGGAUGCUAUCAUCACACCGUUGGAUUGGGUCUGCUGGACAGCUUAAAGGAAAAAUAUGGAAGUUUGGUUCGGUUGGGCAAGACUUCCCGUAAGCGACCGGUGCUCUACGUUUUCGAUCCCGAGCUAAUGAGAGAGGUAUGUUUUUCAGCAAUGGGACCGCUUUAG